AUGAUGUCGGACAUGAAUCUGCUUGAUUUACUGGAUGAAACGUUUUUCAAGGAAGACAUUAAGAAUGAGCUGUUCGUCGAUCACAAUUAUAACGACGACGUCAUAGCGACGGAGGAAUGCCCGACAAAUUCCGAUGACUUGUUGUCUUCAAUCUUAAAGAUGGAAGAUUCACAACUUGAUUUCAAUUUGAUUGGCAAGGAUCUGAAAACAAGUCCGUCUUCUUCGUCGGACAGCGGGCUUUCUAGCAUGCUAAGUCCUUCUUACGAACAGCAGUUGAGUCCAUUCUUGUUGAGAGCGGACAACAAUGAGGAAGAACAGAUUGAAAUCAGCAACUUCGAUUUGAACAGUCCACAAAAUUUCGUAGAUUUUGAGCCUGCUGCUAGUCCGUCUUUGGGCAGUGUAGACAGUCCGGUUAGAUCUAUUAUGAGCUCUAACAUCGGUUCACCAGCCACUGACGUUGCCGAAGAGAUGGAUUACGAACAAACUUUGGUUGCCGUUGUAACGCCGAACAACACUAUGCCAAAUAUCAACACUGUUGUCGCCGCAGAACAGCCGAUUGAUAUUGAUCCAGCAUCUAAACAGCAAGUGCAUGUUAUGCCACAAGAGAACAUUGUGAAUGUUCGCAAUUUCACAUGCAAUGGAAAACGAAACGUUCAACAACUGAUACGCGUCACUCCAGUGGGUUCUGAUAAUCCGCGAUCAAUUCUUUUGCCAGUAAACUUCAAAAACAUGAAGAAAGUCCGAACUAUUAAAAUCAUGACCGCUACACAAGCAAAAAAUCUAAAGAAUUUCAAAAUCAAUCAGGCAAAUAUUAUUAAUAAACCUAUUCAGAUGACUAUUAAGCAAGAAGAUUCUAGUAGCGACAAAGGUUGCAACUCCAGUGACGAGGUGCCAUCGGAAACGGACUCGCCUUAUCCAAGACUGAAGCUAAGUGCCGAGGAAAAGCGACUGUUGCAAAAAGAGGGCAUCACAUUGCCCAGUCGUUAUCCGCUGACGAAACACGAAGAGCGUGAAUUAAAGAGAAUCAGACGCAAGAUCCGCAACAAGAUAUCCGCACAGGAUUCUCGUAAGAGAAAAAAGGAAUACGUGGACGGCUUGGAAGAUCGCGUGAAACAAUGCACGGAAGAAAAUAUAACUUUGCUGAAACGAAUCAAAGUCUUACAGUCGCAGAAUCAAAGUCUGGCUGGUCAGUUAAAGAGAUUACAAGCACUCAUACAAAAGGGCAACAAGAGUGCUCAGCCAGCCACUUGCCUGAUGGUCUUACUGCUUUCAUUAGCUCUCGUUGCUGUGCCGAACCUGCGAUCACACUCCAAUAAUAAUAACAAUGAUCUGAUGCAACAAGAGCAGGAGCAACCGGAGAAAACAUCACUGGCGGGCCGCUCGAGAACCUUACUCUAUACGAAGCAACUAAUGGAUGAGGAGUUACAGCAGUAUGGCGAAGAAUUAUUGCAGGAGGUUGAAGGCCUUCUGGAUCAUGAUUACAGCCCAGUAAUGCAAAUGCCUCUCUACAAACGUCCCCGGAUUGACAAUGAAGUUACACCCAAGUACAUUUCUUCUAUGAAUUACGUGGGAGGAACACUUGGCUUAAAACCAGACCUCGCGAUGACGAAUGGGAAGUACAUCGAGCCACCAUUGGACGACGUGUGGCCGCCGCCAAAUCCAGGCGGACAGAAGACGGCCAAAGUGGUGGAUAAACUCGAAGCUCUUACUAACGAAUUGAAAAUCAAUAUUUCCGAUGUUGAGGGUACCAGAACAGUUCUUGUCAAAGUACCUCAGAAUAAAUAAAGUGCAUUUUUUUAGAAAUAAAACGUAUUAAUUUGAAAAUUUUUAAAAAUUUUCAAAUUGUGAAAACAAAAGUCGCACUCUCUUAACACUAACACGGUAACGAGGAAAUAAAUUGGCUUACUCUGGGCAUUCUAGGAUAAUGAUGGAUAAUCAAUUGUUUCAUUAGAACAAUCCCCAUCUGGGAAGUUUUAUAUUCAUGAAACAAUGAUUGUGUUCAGAAAGCUCAAUAAUUAUGCCACUUUAAGUAAGAUGUCUGUAUGAUUGGUGUACUUAUGGAUCCAGUAAAACAAUUUUUUAGGAAUUAA